GUGCUCAGAUCUCUGGGAUCGGAUGGAAUGUACUCGGCGGUUACUUUGUAUCGUCCUGUAUCCUUCUCACCACUAGGGGGAGGAUGUUUGUGCGGGUCACGUGUCCUGCUCUGGGUUCUGUCAUCCGGAAGCGGCCUCAUCCAUCUGUCGGAGAUCAGCAGGGCUGUAGGAGGAGCGCCGAGGCAUCGAUCAGCGGUGAGAGAAGAGCCCAGGGAUACACCGAGGAGGGGGGCGGAGACCCCGGACUAACAGGAAGUGAAGACCAGCGGAUCUCUCUGUUUUAUGCCUGUACAGUGUGUCCUUCUCCUAUCAAUAUCAGGAUGUCCGCCGUUACCGAAAACAGCUCAACCUUUUUCAACGUGACCUCCGCCUCCUCUACUUUAUCCUUCAGCACCUCCAUACAUCCAACAUCCGACUCUGGCGUCAUCAGCCCCAAUGUGACCAUUCCACAUGUGUGCCUGGUCAUCUUAUAUGAAGAUAUCAGAAGUUCCAGGGUGCGGUAUUGGGAUCUGAUGCUUCUAAUUCCCAAUGUUCUGUUCUUUGCCUUCCUGCUGUGGAAACUGCCGUCUGCAAGAGCCAAAAUCCGCGUCACAUCGAGUCCCAUCUUCACCACUUUCUACAUCCUAGUGUUUGUGGUGGCAUUAGUAGGGAUCACUCGAGCUAUUGUGUCUAUGACCGUGAGCUCCUCCAGUGUCGCCACUGUUACGGACAAGGUUUUGUGGGAGAUCACCAGGUUUUUCCUGCUGGCUAUUGAACUCAGCGUCAUUAUACUAGGCUUGGCAUUCGGUCACCUUGAAAGUAAAUCCAGUGUGAAGAGGGUACUGGCCAUUACUGCUGUGCUGUCACUUGGGUAUUCCGUCACACAGGGCACCUUGGAAAUCCUAUACCCCGACUCUCACCUCUCGGCACAGGACUUUAAUAUCUAUGGACAUGGAGGCAGGCAUUUUUGGCUUGCAAGCUCCUGCUUCUUCUGUUUGGUAUACGCACUAGUCUCUAUACUACCGAAAACCCCCCUGAAAGAUCGCAUCUCUCUUCCAUCUAGGAAGAGUUUCUACAUCUACGCCAUUAUCCUGGCUGCACUGAACUUGGCACAGGGUAUAGGCAGCGCUCUCCUGUGUGCCAAUAUUAGCAACGGGCUCUGUUUGGUGGAUGUCACUACAUUUUUAUACUUCAGCCUCUUUGCUCCGCUCAUGUAUGUGGCUUUCUUGAAAGGCUUCUUUGGGUCAGAGCCCAAGAUCCUCUUCUCCUACAAGUCUCAGGUGGACGAGCCGGAAGAUGCAGACGUCCACCUCCCGCAUCCCUACGCGGUGGCAAGGAAAGAUGGCGUUGAUUCGGGGUACUACAACACUCAGAUUGACACGGCUGCUUACCUAGACGACGUGGCUUCCAUGCCCCACAUCGGGAGCAUAAACAGCAUAGACAGUGAUCGCUGGAAAGCCAUCAACACCUAAGUGUCAGCAGCUUGGUACAGUCACACUAAACUGUACACAAUGUAUUUCCAACUCUCCUGUUUCCAUGAGGGGUUUCCUAAAUUUUUCUACCCCCUCCCCCAAAAAAGUGCAAAUUUCUAUAGAAAGUUAUUUUUUACUUAAAGCUUUGGUCUUAGAAACUCCCGUGGAAAUAGGAUAGAAAGGAGUCAGUCGUCUUUAAUGCUGCUACACCCUGAAAACUUCUUAAGAAAAAAGCAGUUAAUGGGUAUGAGACCCAGAGGAUUGUGGGUCCAGACUGCUCCUAUGUCGGCCCGCAGGUCUAGGCCGGGAUAUUAGAGGUCUGCAUGGCACUGAUUGCAUUCUAUGCUGGCGUUGACUUUAUUCAGUCUUCAUUGCAGACUUUUCGAUCUUAUCUAAUUGCCCCGUGCUCCAUUUUUGCCAAUCUAAAUUGUGCAUGUGCAGUGCCCUCGCUGUUUUCUGGUCCCAGAGCUUUAGGCACCAAUAGCGGCUGAUAUCUAUAUAAAGGCUUCAAGGCCUUCUUGUAUGCCAAGGAAAAGAGAGAAGUGUGCCGCGAGCCGUGACGGGG